AUGACUGUUUGCAACAGUAGCAGUAGCAGAUACUGCCUGGUUAGAUGUAUUGACAAAAUAUUCUUUCUUUUUCUCGUAGAUUUAUCUAAAAACAGACUGGUUGAAGUUCCAAUGGAAUUAUGCCACUUUGUAUCACUGGAAAUUCUUAAUCUGUAUCAUAAUUGUAUCAGAGUCAUUCCUGAGGCCAUCGUUAAUUUGCAGAUGCUGACUUACUUAAACUUGAGUCGAAAUCAGCUGUCCACCCUGCCCGCCUGCCUGUGUGGUCUGCCUCUCAAAGUCUUAAUUGCAAGUAACAACAAACUUGGAUCGCUGCCAGAAGAGAUUGGUCAGCUCAAACAGUUAAUGGAGUUGGAUGUCAGCUGCAAUGAGAUCACAGCCUUGCCCCAGCAGAUAGGUCAAUUGAAAUCUCUACGAGAACUGAAUGUCAGAAGUUACCUUAAAGUUUUACCACAAGAACUAGUAGAUCUUCCCUUGGUAAAGUUUGACUUUUCCUGCAAUAAAGUGCUCGUGAUUCCCAUUUGUUUUAGAGAGAUGAAGCAGCUGCAAAUAUUACUACUUGAAAAUAACCCUUUGCAGUCUCCUCCAGCACAGAUUUGCACAAAGGGCAAAGUGCACAUAUUCAAGUAUCUGAGCAUACAAGCCUGUCAGAUUAAAGCAACUGACUCUCUUUAUCUGCACACGAUGGAGAGGCCACAAUUACACCAGCAUGUGGAAGACAGCAAGAAGGAUUCUGAUUCAGGCGUUGGAAGUGAUAAUGGAGAUAAGCGAUUAUCGGCCACAGAGCCUUCUGAUGAAGACACUGUUAGCCUUAAUGUUCCAAUGUCAAAUAUCAUGGAAGAAGAACAGAUCAUCAAGGAGGACUCAUGCCAUCACCUUAGUCCCAUAAAAGGGGACUUUCAUCAGGAAUUUCGAUCAAAGCCUUCCCUUGGUGACAAUGACAACUCUGGAGAAGAAAGAGACCAAUUUACCCAUGGAACAGAUGUUCUCCACUCGGAAUUUAUAAAUUAUAUUAAGGAUAGGGCAGAAGACUGUGAAGAACUGUUACGAAUAGAAGAGGAUAUACACUGGCAACCCGAGGGAAUUUCAUCUAAAGACCAGGAAAUGACUACAGCAAUGAUUGAACAGCUGAGAGAAGCAGUAGAUUUGCUGCAAGAUCCCAACAGAUUAAGCACCGAUAUAACAGAGAAAAAUGUGGUAAACUUUUAUCCAAAGGAAUCAGCAGAAGCCUUAGAAUUACAAGAUUCUGCACUGAACGGUCAAAUGCAGCUGGAGCCAUCUCCGGUGUGUGAGGUGCAAAAUAAUCUAACAUCACAGAGUAAUGGGAGCGAGUAUUCUCCAAAUAAGAUUAGAGAAAACUCCCCUGCAAUCUCUCCUACCACCAGCAGUACAGCUCCGUUUGGCCUGAAGCCUCGAUCAGACCCAGCCCUCACUCUUCCUCCUAUCUCCUUCAACACACUUACACAGGCACAAACAUGGGACAACUCUAGCUACAGUGUUCCAUCUGAAGGAGACAGUGACAAUGUGUUUCUAAGACCUCAGAGAAAUUUGGAAUCUAUAGACCCGCAGUUUACAAUUCGGAGGAAAAUGGAACAAAUGAGAGAAGAAAAAGAACUGAUGGAACAUCUCCGUGAGAGCAUUGAGAUGAGACUCAAGGUCAGCCUGCACGAAGACCUGGGGGCUGCGCUCAUGGAUGGUGUUGUCCUCUGCCAUCUGGUCAAUCACAUCCGCCCGCGAUCUGUUGCAAGCAUUCACGUCCCCUCACCAGCAGUUCCCAAGCUUAGCAUGGCCAAAUGCAGAAGAAAUGUGGAAAACUUUUUGGAAGCAUGCCGAAAAUUAGGAGUACCAGAGGCUGACCUCUGCUCUCCGUAUGACAUCCUGCAGUUGGAUUUUCGUCACAUUCGAAAGACUGUUGACACUCUGCUGGCACUCGGGGAGAAACCCCCACAACCAACUUCUGCCCUCCGCUCCAGGGACCUUAUAAGCUUCUGUCUUGUCCAUAUUCUCUUUAUAGUGCUGAUCUAUAUCACUUACCGCUGGAAUGCCCUGUCUGCAUAA